ACAAUAACUAUUCAUUAAUGGCUUAAUACCAACCACAGAUAUUUUACUUUUAAAAUAUAAACAUCUAGCCCUCAAAAAUGAAAUAUAAAAAAUAGCAAUAUAAAAAGAGAGACUAAAAAGAGAGAGAAAAGAGAGAUUUCGAUGUGAAUAGCUCAAGUGAAACAAAAUAAGAAACAUAAAGAAUAAAAGAAAUGUUUGAUGGUGGAGUACCGGAGCAGAUCCACCGGUUCAUAGCAUCUCCACCGCCGCCUCCUCCGCUUCCGCCGCAUCAACCGGCGGCUGAAAGAUCACUCCCUUUUCCUGUCUCAUUCUCUUCCUUUAACACCAAUCAUCAAGCUCAGCAUAUGUUGAGCCUUGAUAGGCGUAAGAUCAUUCACCAUCAUCAUCAUCAUCAUCACCAUGAUAUCAAAGAUGGUGGUGCUACUGCUGAGUGGAUAGGUCACACGGAUCAUGAUGGUGAUAAUCAUCAUCAUCAUCAUCAUCAUCCAUGGUGUAGUGAUGAAGUUCUUGCUCUUCUUAGGUUCAGAUCUACAGUGGAGAAUUGGUUCCCUGAAUUCAAUUGGGAGCAUACUUCAAGAAAGUUGGCAGAAGUUGGUUUUAAGAGGAGUCCACAAGAAUGCAAAGAGAAAUUUGAAGAAGAAGAGAGAAGAUAUUUCAAUAUUAACAACAACAACACUAAUGAUCAUCAACACAUCGGCAAUUAUAACAACAAGGGAAAUAAUUAUAGAGUAUUCAGUGAGGUUGAAGAGUUUUAUGAUGUUUCAUCAGAAGUUGGGGACAACCAAAACAAGAGGAACGAUUCAGUAGAAGCAAAAGGAAACGUGGGAGAAACGGUAACGGGACAAGACUUAAUGGAGGAGGACAAAUUAAGAGAUCACGAUCAGGGUCAAGUAGAGGAAACAUCAAUGGAGAAUAAAAUAAACUCCAUUGAGGUUGGCAAAGUUGGAAACGUAGAGGAGGAUGCGAAGUCAUCAUCAUCGUCAAGCUUGAUGAUGAUCAUAAAGGAGAAGGAGAAGAGGAAGAGGAAGAAAGAGAAAGAGAGGUUUGGUGUGUUGAAAGGGUUUUGUGAGGGUCUUGUGAGGAACAUGAUAGCUCAACAAGAGGAAAUGCAUAAGAAGCUCCUAGAAGAUAUGGUGAAGAAUGAAGAAGAAAAGAUUGCGAGAGAGGAAGCUUGGAAGAAGCAAGAGAUUGAGAGAGUUAACAAAGAGGUAGAGAUUAGAGUACAAGAACAAGCCAUGGCUAGUGAUAGAAACACCAGCAUCAUCAAGUUCAUAUCCAAGUUCACUGACCAUGAUCUUGAUGUUGUCGAAAAUCCAACAAGUCUGUCUCAAGACUCAUCUUCUUUAACUCUACCAAAAACCCAAGGCAGAAGAAAGUUUCAAACUAUAUCAUCACUAUUACCUCAAACCCUAACUCCACAUAACCCUUUAACCCAUGACAAAUCACUUGAACCCACUAAAACCCUAAAAACCAAAACCCAAACCCCAAAACCUCCAAAAAGUGAUGAUAAAAGUGAUCUUGGCAAGAGAUGGCCAAAGGAUGAAGUGUUGGCUCUUAUCAACAUUAGACGAGGUAUCAGUAACAUGAAUGAUGAUGAUCAUAAAGAUGAGAACUCUUUAUCAUCUUCUUCAAAAGCUGUUCCAUUAUGGGAAAGAAUAUCCAAGAAAAUGUUGGAGAUUGGGUACAAGAGAAGCGCCAAAAGAUGCAAAGAGAAAUGGGAAAACAUCAACAAGUAUUUUAGGAAGACAAAAGAUGUUAACAAGAAGAGACCACUUGACUCAAGGACUUGUCCUUAUUUUCACCAACUCACAGCUUUAUACAGCCAAUCCUCCACAGGGACCACCACCACCGCCACCACCGCCACGUCAGCCGGAGAUCUAAUAACCCGACCCGAUGAGGAAAACCGGGUUGGAUCCGAAGAUCCUGAUAUAUCUGUAGCCAUGCAUGUAGAUGGAGAUGGUGCUGGCGAUAAAAGCAAUGUUCAGUUUUCAGGUUUCGAUCUUGAGUUCUAAUAAAUCCCUUAUAUAUAUAUUAUCAGUUUUAUUCUCUCUUUUUUUUUUGUUUCUUCUUUUUGCUAAAACCUCAUUUUUGGUUAUUAUGAAAAAGUUAUAUAUAUGAAUAGUGUUACUGUUUUAAUGCUAUUAGUGGGAAACGUAUCUUGACGACUUGGACGA